AUGUCAUUUGAACCAAGGAAAUACCCCUUUCUAGCCAAUCAAGAAGAAAUUUACCAUGAAUUAUAUCCAAUUUCUUUUCAACAGCAGAGACAGUGCCCAAUCCAAACCACAAUUAUUUCUGAAUCUUCUGAAGAUUUUUCGGAUAGCGAAUCACCAACAAAUGAACUUGAAGUUUGCAAAGUUAACCUAGAAAAAAGUAUAAAAAAUAUUAAUGAUGAUGUUA